AUGGAAGCUAGGAGUAUUGAAAGGAAGAGAACAAUGAUGAUGGAAAAGGUGAGAAGGAACAACACAGUGGAAGAAGAAGCAGAAAAUGAAGUAGAAGAGGAGGAUGGAGAUGUCAGUCUGACUGAAGAAGAGAAGAAGAAAGGGGUUAGUGGUGGGAGAAGAGGAGGUGGUGGAGGUGUUUCUCCACCUUCCUGCCAGGCAGAGAGGUGUGGAGCUGAUUUGACAGAUGCAAAGAGAUACCAUCGCCGCCAUAAGGUGUGUGAAUUUCAUUCCAAGGCACCUGUUGUGAUAGUUGCAGGGCUGAGGCAGAGGUUUUGCCAACAAUGUAGCAGGUUCCAUGACUUGGUAGAGUUUGAUGAAUCAAAAAGAAGCUGCCGCAGGCGAUUGGCUGGACACAAUGAGCGGCGCCGGAAAACCAACCCAGAAGCUGCGAGUGAGGGCAGCAGCCACAGCAAAGGACAACAUCAACCUAAGGAAACACAGUGUAGGUUUCAGAUGAACUUACCAGGAAGUUCUGGCUACAAAUCAUUCAAUAUCAGGUGA